AUGGGUAUCAAUAAUCCUAUUCCUAGAUCUCUAAAGUCUGAGACGAGAAAGGCAGCUAAAGUUCUUGCGUCAUUUGUUAAGCCAAACCAGGUUUUAUCAGCCAACGAUGUUAUCCCCCCACAUGUUUUGAAGGAUGCCAAGGGGUUAGCGGUUAUCACUGUGUUGAAAGCCGGGUUUUUAUUCAGUGGGAGAGCAGGAUCCGGUGUGAUUGUGGCGAGAUUGCCAGAUGGUGGAUGGUCUGCGCCAUCAGCUAUUGCGUUAGCAGGAGCGGGUGCAGGUGGUAUGAUUGGUUUGGAAUUGACUGAUUUUGUGUUUAUUUUGAACAGUGCUGAUGCGGUGAAGUCGUUUUCGCAGUUUGGGUCGAUCACGCUUGGUGGUAAUGUUUCUGUUGCCGCAGGUCCUUUGGGUAGAAACGCAGAGGCAGCUGCUUCGGCGUCGACUGCGGGUGUUGCGGCAGUGUUUGCAUAUUCCAAGACGAAGGGUUUGUUUGCGGGUGUUUCGCUUGAAGGGUCUGUGAUUCUCGAGAGAAGAGAGGCUAACAGGAAGUUCUACGGUAACAACUGUACUGCUAAGAUGAUUCUUUCUGGACGCGUGAGACCUCCACCAUCGGUAGACCCGCUAUUCCGUGUGUUGGAGUCGCGUGCCUUCAACCACAGAGCACCUGUGGACGACUAUGAUGACGACUACUAUAACGAUAUUCCUUCCAGCUUCGACUCGGACGAUAUUGACUCUACAAGAGCAAAUACAAGAUCUACCAGAAGAAGGGCCGACUCAUACAGAUCGACAACAAGCGAUGACUCGGCUGACUACAGAUACGAUGACGAGGAUGUCGAUCGUUAUUCCUCACGCGGCGCUAGAAGAACAGGUCCUGCUUCCAAUUCGCGUUGGGAAGACGAAGUUUACGAUUUGAACGACAGAUUUGAAAGAACAAGUAUUAAUACAAGAAAUUCUAGAGGCGCUCCUUCAAGGCCAAGAUCAGAAAAACCAGACUUCAGUUCAAGCGCUUACUCUCGUACCAGUCCAAGAACACCUUCUAGCCACGACUUAGCACCAGAUAGAUCAUCUGGUGCACCAAAGGCCGUCGCCUUGUACACAUUCAAAGGAGAACAACCAGGAGAUCUGCCAUUCAGAAAGGGUGAUGUGAUCACCAUCAUCAAAAAAUCAGAGUCCCAGGAUGACUGGUGGACAGGAAGAGUCAAUGGUAAAGAAGGUAUCUUCCCAGCAAACUACGUGGAGUUGGUGUGA